AUGGACACCAGCAAGCUCCGGGCCUUCGUGAAAUUAUGUCAACAAGACCCUGGCCGACUGCACACCGAGGAGCUGCGCUUCCUGAGGGAUUGGGUGGAGAGCAUGGGUGGGAGGAUACCCCCUGAUGCACGAAGAUUUAGAUCAGACGAUAGACACUGGGGGGGGGAAUCAGAAAGAUGGAAACUGGAGGACUACAACAGGAAAGACGACAAGGACACUGAGGAAAGUGAACUAGAACUUGAUAAUGAAGGAGUAGUUGAAGCCGACUUUGAGGGCCCUCAGGAAAUGGGAGAUGCAGCUGGAGAGGUAACAGAUGAGAUGAUAGAUCAGUCCAAUGAAUACAAAGUGAAAGGUCUUGAUGCCCUGCACAAUGGUGAAUUCCAGAAAGCCCUUGAACUAUUCACAGAGGCCAUCAAACUGAAUCCUUGGUUGGCCAUUUUAUAUACCUUAAGAGCCAGUAUUUUUAUUGAACUGCAGAAGCCAAAUGCUGCCAUCAGAGAUUGUACCAAAGCAAUUGAGCUAAACCCCCAUACCUCUGAACCUUACAAAUGGAGAGGAAAAGCACACAGACUUCUGGGCCACUGGGAGGAUGCAGCCCGGGACUUGACUCUGUCUUGUAAACUGAACUUUGAUGAAGACGCCAAUGCUGUGCUUAAGGAAAUUCAACCAAGGAUCCAGAGGAUUCUUGAACAUCGGCGAAAAAAAGAGCAACGACAGAGGAGACGGGAGCAGAGACGGGAGGAGCGAAAGUACAGAGAAAGGGUGGAAAAGAUGAGGAAGGCCAGAGCAGAGUUUGAUAAAGCCAAAAAAGAGGAAGAAGCUAGGAAAAGUGCUUUUACUCCUUUCCAAUUUUUCCUUGGAGAAAUACCUCGAAGGGGGGGUAGAUUAAGGACUAUACCUGGAACAUCAGUGCUCAAUGAAAUUCUUGGUGACCCAGAAAUUCUUUCAGCCAUGCAAGAUAAAGAAAUUAUGCAUGCCUUCCAGGAUGUGGCCCGGCAUCCAGAAACUAUGAGCAAAUAUAAGAACAACACAAAAGUUAUGAAUUUCUUUAGCAAAUUGACAAACAAAUUUGGUGGGUACGAAGAGCUGUUCAAUGAAGACUUUGACAAUGGUGAAGAGUUAGAUGGUGUUCACAGUGAAGAUAGCUUUGAGGUUUUGGACGCAUCUAUUGAUGAUGAUACAUGGCUCCCAGGACGACAAAAAUACUUUGACCAUUUUCUCAGUAGUGAACUGGACAAAAUUGAACAACGAAGACGUUUGCAGAAAAUCGGUGAGAACUUGAGGGGUUCAAAUAGUGAUGACGACAUACCUGGAAGAAGAAAACUGCCCUAUUAUAAGGAGUUGGACGAGCUCAGUGAUGAAGAGCAGUAAGGUGGGACGGGAGACCUAACAAUACUAUAAAAAAAAACACAAAAAUACAAAGACAAACAAAAAACUAAUUGGUACCAUAUCACUCCUGACACUGCUGACAUAUACCAAACAGAACCUACUGUCAGCAAUUAUAUCAUACCCCCCUCUUCCU